GGACUGAAGCUCAGAGCUACUGCAGAGAGAAGUACACCGACCUGGCCACUGUGGGAAACACUGAAGAAAUGGAGGAACUGAAAGACACAGUUUCUGCUGCUGGUCACAGGUCUCAGGUUUGGAUCGGCCUGUACAGUCAUGUGGACUGGAAGUGGUCAGAUGGGUUCAACCAGAGUGGAGAUGAAUAUAGGAACUGGAACGAUCACCAACCAAACUAUAAUGAAGCCAAUCAGUUCUGUGUGGGAAUGACUAGACAAGGAACAUGGUUUGAUUAUUACUGCCAUGUAAAGCCUACAUUUGUCUGCUACAAUGACUCAGCUGCAGGAGGAUUCGAGUUUGUGCGAGUGAAUACACGAAAGACUUGGUCUGAGGCUCAGAAGCACUGCAGAGAACACUUCACAGAUCUGGCCACUGUGAGGAACGACGAUGAAAACGAAGAGAUAAAGAGCUUGAUAUCCCGUGGCAAUUGGGCAUGGAUCGGUUUGUACAGAGAUUCUCAGAUUUACUGGUCCGACGGGAGUCACUUCUCUUUCAGCUCCUGGUCCCCGGGUGUCAACUCACCUGACUCGAUGGAAGUCGGAUGUGGUGUUGCAGAUUUGAACAAGGGAGGAAAAUGGAGAUUAAUUUCCUGUGAAGUAAGAAAACCUUUUGUCUGCUACAGCAUGGAACAGCGCGGCUGGUGCUUCCAGUGAGAGAGAGAGAGAGAGAGAACACAU